AUGGAGCUAAUAGACGUUAUUAUGCUCUGUUUGGCCUUGGUGUUCCUCCGUUGGUGGUGGCGCCACUGGUCAACCACCGGCGGAGGGCCUAAGAACCUACCACCGGGGCCACCGGGAUGGCCAGUCGUCGGAAACCUCUUCCAAGUGAUCCUCCAACGCCGUCACUUCAUCUACGUGAUCCGCGAUUUACGGAAGAAGUACGGUCCAAUCUUCACCAUGCAAAUGGGUCAGCGAACCUUGAUCAUCGUGACAAGCGCUGACCUCAUCCACGAAGCUCUCAUCCAGAGAGGCCCAUUGUUCGCGAGCAGGCCCAAGGACUCACCCAUACGACUCAUAUUCAGCAUGGGCAAAUGCGCCAUCAACUCCGCCGAGUACGGCCCUCUCUGGCGCACCCUGCGACGGAACUUCGUCUCAGAGAUGAUCUCUCCUCUGAGAAUAAAGCAGUGCGGUUGGAUAAGAAAGUGGGCUAUGGAAGCUCACAUGAGAAGGAUUCAACAGGAGGCUCAUGAGAAUGGCUUUGUACAAGUCAUGAGCAAUUGCAGGCUCACCAUUUGUAGCAUCCUCAUAUGUCUCUGUUUCGGUGCAAAGAUCACUGAGGACAGAAUCAAAAGCAUUGAGAGCAUCUUGAAAGACGUCAUGCUCAUCACACUUCCGAAGCUUCCAGACUUCUUGCCUGUUCUGACGCCGCUUUUCCGACGACAAGUGAGAGAAGCCAGGAAGCUGAGGGAGAAACAGGUUGAGCUGUUGGCGCCAUUGAUAAGGAGCAGGAAAGCUUACGUGGACAGCAACGGGAGGUCAGGUGGUGCUGACAUGGCGAGUCCUGUCGGUGCUGCUUACGUGGACUCGCUGUUUGGGUUGGAGGUUCCCGGUCGAGGACGGUUGGGAGAGGAGGAGCUGGUGACGCUCGUUUCGGAGGUGAUCAGCGCCGGGACGGACACGAGCGCCACGGCGGUGGAGUGGGCGUUGCUUCACUUGGUGAUGGAUCAGGAGAUUCAGGAGAGGUUGUAUAGGGAGAUUGUUGAGCGCGUGGGGAAGGAUGGGGUUGUUAUGGAGAGUGACGUGGACAAAAUGCCUUAUCUCGGCGCGGUGGUGAAGGAGACUUUCCGGCGACACCCGCCGAGCCACUUUAUACUUUCGCACGCUGCCACGGAGGAGACCGAGCUCGGUGGGUACACUAUCCCGAAGGAUGCGAGUGUGGAGUUUUACACUGCGUGGUUGACGGAGAAUCCGAAUAUGUGGGAGGAUCCGAAUGAGUUCCGACCCGAGAGGUUCCUGAGUGGGGAUGGGGUUGACGUGGACGUGACAGGAACAAAAGGGGUUAGGAUGAUGCCCUUUGGUGUGGGAAGGAGGAUUUGUCCAGCGUGGACUCUGGGUAUCUUGCAUAUUAACAUGUUGCUUGCUAAAAUGGUUCUUGCUUUCCAGUGGUUGCCCCUUCCAAAUGCCCCGCCCGACCCGACUGAGACUUUUGCUUUCACUGUUGUUAUGAAGAAUCCUCUCAAGGCUGUUAUUCUGCCUAGAUCUAUUUAA